AUGUCGCUCCCCGCCUCGUCACUGCGCCAGAUCACAUCGGUGCACCUGAGCUUUGCGCCGCUCUCGUCGUCGCAGUCGGCGCGCUCGCUCCGCCUCUUUCUCGCACGCCUCCCCGCGCGCCCCCCGGCCGCGGGCAUGGACCUGCCCGAGAUCAAGGCCACCACCGUAUCCCGCGACCAGGACCAGUGCAUCACCGUCACCUACCGCAACAAGCAGACGCUCCAGUUUGACGAAAAGGCCGUCCGUGUCGGUAUUGCUGACCUCGUCAGGAAGAUCGAAGCACCCGCCAAGGCAUUGAAGCUCAAGGAGGAAGGCCUCUAG